CGCUCCGCCGGGCUCCAGCGAGCCUCCCGCGGCCGUGCCGUGCCGUGCACUCCGCCGGGCUCCAGCGAGCCUCCCGCGGCCGUGCCGUGCACUCCGCCGGGCUCCAGCGAGCCUCCCGCGGCCGUGCCGUGCGCUCCGCCGGGCUCCAGCUCUCACUACCGGGUUCGGUCUUGGCGCUCACAUGGAGGCGAUCGCUUCUCGGUCCAUGUGGCUGCCGCUGUAAAGGGAUCCCUGUGUAACCCGCCAGCUCUCCUCAUGCCAUAAAAGGCAAUGUUUAAAAAAACAUCGCAGCGUUUGGACUUUCGGCCGUCCGACCCUUGUGCUCUUGCCUCGCAACGCGGGAUCCGAGCCGCGGCUUUACAACAAAUGAAUCGGGAAAGGGGAGAAUCGAUUGCGCGACCGGGGUGUAUGAACAGAAAAAAGAGGAGGAACAGAGGCAGCAUCUCCAACACCAUCACACUGAGCAAGGGGGCUCCCCAGGGCUGUGUGCUCAGUCCACUGCUGUUCACUCUGCUGACCCACGACUGUGCUGCAACACACAGCUCAAACCACAUCAUCAAGUUCACCGAUGACACGACCGUGGUGGGUCUCAUCAGCAAGAACGAUGAGUCAGCUUACAGAGAGGAGGUGCAGCGGCUAACGGACUGGUGCAGAGCCAACAACCUGUCUCUGAAUGUGAACAAAACAAAAGAGAUGAUUGUUAACUUCAGGAAGGCACGGAGCGACCACUCCCCACUGAACAUUGACGGCUCCUCGGUAAAGGUCAUUAAGAGCACCAAAUUUCUUGGUGGCCGAGAACACCAGCUCCAUAGCAAAGAAAGCCAGCAGCGUCUCUACUUUCUGCGAAGGCUGAGGAAAGUCCAUCUCCCACCCCCCAUCCUCAUCACAUUCUACAGGGGUUGUAUUGAGAGCAUCCUGAGCAACUGCAUCACUGCCUGGUUCAGAAAUUGCACCAUCUCGGAUCACAAGACCCUGAAGCGGAUAGUGAGGUCAGCUGAGGAGAUCAUUGGGGUCUCUCUUUCCACCAUUACGGACAUUUUCACUACACGCUGCAUCCGCAAAGCAAACAGCAUUAUGAAGGACCCCACGCACCCCUCUUACAAACUCUUCUCCCUCCUCCCUUCUGGGAAAAGGCAUUCUGGCUCUCACGACCAGACUAUGUAACAGUUUCUUCCCCCAAGCUAUCAGAUUCCUCAAUACCCAGAGCCUGGACUGACACCUUACUGCCCUACUGUCUUGUUUAUUAUUUAUUGUAAUGCCUGCACUGUUUUUGUGCAUUUAUGCAGUCCUGGCUAGGUCUGUAGUCUAGUGUAGUUCUUUUUCUGUGUUGUUUUUUACGUAGUUCAGUCUAGU